AUGCUGUUCCGCUUCCGGGCGCAACAAGCAGCGGACAUGGGCAUCAUCGACAUCAGUCGCACCCGGCGCCCGAAGGCCAUCCAGACGGUUGACAACGUCGCCAUGUGCGAGCGGUGGCGCGGGCAGGUCCUCCGUGAAGUGUCCCGCAAGGUAUCGCGCAUCCAAGAGCAGAGCCUGAGCGACUACCAGAUCCGCGACCUCAACGAUGAGAUCAACAAGCUCAUGCGCGAGAAAUGGGCGUGGGAGAUGCAGAUCCGGAACCUGGGGGGGCCGAACUACAUGCGCGGAACGGGUCGGGUGUACGAUGACGAAGGGCGUGAGAUUCCCGGCGGCGGCAAGGGUUAUCGAUACUUUGAUAUUGCGACUAAGAAGGUCGAUGCGAAUUACUUUGGAUAUGGACUGGAUGAGGAGGAUGGGACUCUGUUGCUGUACGAGAGGCAGAAGGAGAAGGAGGCUGUGGAGCACCUGCGUGUUCAGGGUGACGAUGAUGUCGAGGAUGGAUGGGAGUCGUUACCGGGUGACGCUGGCGAUGGGGUAGAAUGGCGACUUCCCACGCUUGAGGAAGUGCAAGAAGAGCUUGUGGACCGGAGGCGACGACGACUGCUGGACAAGAUCACUUGA